GGCUUCAGUGCUCAGGCAGGUAUGAUUGCACAGACUCAACUCUUUGGAUACAGUUCAAGGCACUCCGCGUCUUGACGCACAAGACUUUUACGCACAGAGCUCCCUGGAGUUUAAUAAGACUGGACUGAUUCGACUUGGCACCGCUGCAAGCAUGAAGCUGGAGGUGUUGUGCGGAAGCCACUAUUACAUGAAACACUUGGAGAUGUCCGGGGAUGUGGAUGCCGAGCGGAAUGCGCGAUCUCCUCUCUCCGCUGAGGAGGAGCUGGGGUCGGAUGGGGACUGCGUGGCGCACAGCCCUCCACCUGCUGCUCCGUGCGGCGGCGGCGGCAAGUCCAAGCCGUACACACGGAGACCCAAACCCCCGUUUUCCUACAUCGCUCUCAUCGCCAUGGCCAUUCGGGAUUCUCCCUCCGGACGUCUGACGUUGGCGGAGAUAAACGACUACCUGAUGAAGAAGUUUCCGUUCUUCAGAGGCAGCUACACCGGCUGGAGGAACUCGGUUCGACACAACUUGUCUCUAAAUGACUGUUUUCUCAAAGUGCUCCGGGACCCGUCGAGACCUUGGGGAAAGGACAAUUACUGGAUGCUCAAUCCGCACAGCGAAUACACGUUCGCUGACGGGGUGUUCCGCCGCAGAAGAAAGCGCAUUAACAAGAAGUUCGGCCGGGAGCAGGAGGCGUCCGAGCAGGCAGAGGAGCCGCAGAGCGUUCAGCAGUCCGCUGCGGCCACCAACACGGACUCCGGCCCCAAGUUUACCAGCUCGUUUGCUAUCGACAGCAUCCUCAGCAAGCCCUUCAAGAGAGACUCGCACCAAGGACACGUAGCUCUCCCCCCUGCCUUCACCUGGCCGCGCUACUCGGAACUGAUGAUGCAUCAUUCAAAUACACCUGCCUCAUUUCCAUACGUUAGGGCGCCGUGCCAUGUGGACUCCUGUACGGCGCAUGUGCCAAACGUGUACGGCGGUGGGCUGCUCUCAUAGACAGCCUGGCAUGAUCACAAAUAUUUUAUCUGGUGAUUAGAAAUCAUCAAAGUGCACUGAUGGUGGACACAGAGGAGACCAAACACCAAAGACAGUUUAAAAACUUUUCUGUGUUGGGACUAAAUUAAACGUGGUGGCAUUGUGUCUGACUUGUUGUACUUUUUUUUUCCUCCCUAAUUUUUUUUCUCUCAAAUUUGACUUUUAAUAUUAAACUAUUUGUUGUACAUGUUA